UAGAUACUCGACAACAAACCCACCUCCUUCUGAACUUAUCUAAACUCUCGCCGGACUUCCAUGCCGGAAAUGGCUUCUCUUUACCAUUUCACCGUUAUUUUUUCACUCUGUUUACUCUUUUCUUCCCUACCCCACCCCACCAUGGCCACAACCAGGAAACUAUCCGCUCUUGUACAACAACCACCCCUCGUACUCAAGUACCACAACGGUGCUCUACUCAAAGGCAACAUCACUGUCAAUGUCAUCUGGUACGGCAAGUUCACCCCUACACAGCGCUCCAAAAUCGUCGACUUCUUGCAAUCCCUCAACACCCACCACGCCCCACCACCCUCCGCUGCUUCCUGGUGGCUGACGACGGCGAACUACAAGGGCGGCUCCUCCACCCUAUUCGUUGGAAAUCAAAUCCUGGACGAAAAUUACUCUCUUGGAAAAUCUCUGACGACCCCACAAAUCAUUACGUUGGCUUCUAAAGCGAAUCAAGUGUUGAACUCAAUUAGCGUCGUUUUGACUUCUGCUGAUGUGGUCGUCGAAGGCUUUUGCAUGAGUCGGUGCGGGACCCACGGGUCGUCGAAGGAUAAAAAGGGUAACAAAUUUACGUAUGCAUGGGUCGGUAACUCAGUGAGUCAAUGUCCGGGUCAGUGCGCGUGGCCGUUUCACCAGCCUAUUUACGGGCCACAAACCCCGCCGUUAGUGCCUCCUAACGGCGACCCCGGAGUCGACGGAAUAGUGAUUAAUUUGGCCACUGUUUUGGCGGGAACCGUGACGAACCCGUUUGAUAACGGUUAUUUCCAAGGGCCAGCUAGCGCGCCGUUAGAGGCCGUCACGGCUUGUACGGGCAUAUUCGGAUCAGGAGCGUACCCGGGCUACGCCGGUUCGGUUCUGGUGGACAAGACCACGGGAGCUAGCUAUAAUGCGCAUGGAGUGAAUGGCCGUCAGUAUCUGUUGCCGGCUAUGUGGGACCCCCAGACUUCCACAUGCAAGACACUCGUCUGACCAAAAAGAAAGCUUAAGGAAAGAUGUGUAUAAAAUUAUG